AUGGCGGCCCUCGCUGCCGCCCUCGCCACGGCCGUGAGUGCGUACAACAACGGGAUGGGCGAGCGCCCUCCCAUGGGCUGGCAGACGUGGUGCUCCGUUGGCGAGUGCGGCGAGGACCACUGCUUCGACGGCCAGAUUCGGGCGAUGGCCGACACGCUGGUCUUGAGCGGAAUGAAGGACCUCGGCUACGAUUGGGUCGUCCUGGACGACUGCUGGCACCCGACGCGAGACAACGCGACGGCCGAGCUCGUGCCGUACCCACGCUUCUUCCCAGACGGGAUGAAGCCUGUGAUUGACUACGUCCACUCGCUCGGCCUCAAGUUCGGCCUGUACACGAGCGUGGGCGAUCGCACGUGCCACGGUGGCUGGUCACCAGGGUCAUUCGGCCACUACGAGAGGGAUGCGCGCACCUUCGCGGCGUGGGGCGUGGACUAUGUCAAGAUCGACUACUGUGGCUCGCACGAUUCGGUCGAGGGCCACCGUAACAUGUCGCGCGCCCUCAACGCGACCGGCCGGCCGAUGUCGUACAUGCUCUGCCGCGGCCCGUACCAGCAGCAAGAUCACUGGGGCUACGCGCCGGGCAUCGCCCAGGGCUGGCGCGCCACGGGCGACCACCACGACAACUUUGCGAGCGUGAGGCAGCAGGUGGAGGCUGUACGCGGGAAGGCGAGCUGGAGCGGGCCGUUUGGGUGGGCCUACCUCGACAUGAUGAUGACGGGCGGGCAGGGCUGCAAGGACCACGAGGAGGAGUACCGCACCGAGGCCUCGCUCUACGUGGUUGUCUCCUCCCCGCUGAUGGUCGGCACGGACAUCCGGCUCAUGACUCCAAUCAUGAAGCUGCUGCUCAACAAGGAGGCCAUCGCCAUCAACCAAGACUACAAGGCGGUGCCAGGCGACGCGAUGCCCUCCUGCCACGGCUCUUCUCAAGAGGCGUGGGUCCGCCGCUUGUCAAACGGCGACUCUGCGGUGGCCCUGACCAACUGGGGCAACCACACCGCCUCCUUGGCAGUCUGCCUCGAUGCGAUUGGGUGGACGCACGGCGAGACGGCAGGCGCGCGCAACGUGUGGGCGAGGCAGAGCCUCGGCACCUUCUCGCGCCGCUUCGAGGCCAAGGUGCGGGCCCACGACACGCUGUUGCUGCUGCUCAGCCGAACUGGUGCGGCAGGGUCGCCGGAGAACAAGGUAGCGGUGGCCAUGUAG